AUGAUGCAUAAAUACUGCUUCAAAGCUCUAGAUAGGAGUUUGAAGGACAUUAUGCAAUAUGUGGAUCCUAGAAACCUAUAUGUGCCUUUUGGUGGUAAGGUGAUGGUCUUGGCUGGUGAUGUCAGACAAAUAUUACAUGUUGUUCCAGGAGGAAGCAGACAAGACAUUGUCUUCUCCGUGAUCAACAAUUCAUACUUGUGGGAUUUUUGUCAUGUGCGCAGGCUAGCAAAAAACAUGCGAGAGCCUAAUGACUGGGAGGCAAGUGUGCAAAUACUUGAUGAUAUUUUAAUAGAUGGAAAAGAUGACCCCGUUGCGGCUAUGAUCGAGAGCACAUAUCUUAACCUAGAAGAUCAUUUAUGGGAACCUACUUAUUUCCAAGAGCGGGUCAUACUUGCACCGACUCAUGACAUCGUUGAAACUGUCAAUGAUCAUGUGUUGUCCCAAUUGCCAGGUGAAGAAAGAACUUAUCUCAGUUCAGAUGCAAUUUCAAAUGAGGAGGCAAACUUUGGAGUACAUGAGAUGUAUUCUAUCAAAUUCUUGAGUACAAUCAAAUGCUCUGGAUUACCAAAUCAUAGUUUGAGAUUGAAGGUUGGGGCACCGAUUAUGUUGCUCAGGAAUAUCGAUCAGAGUUUUGGGUUGUGUAAUGGUACGCAUUUAGUUGUUAAGGACCUUCGCAGUUGCAUCAAGUCGUGGUGA